GUGAGCGAACGCGGAAGUGAGUAGAGACGGUGCUAAUAAACAAACAGAAAUCAAUUUAUAAUUGAGUAAAACACAGAACUGAGAAAUGGACGAAACGCUGUUCCAGUUAAAGUUCACAGCUAAGCAGUUGGAGAGACUCUCUAAGAAAGCUGAAAAGGACUCAAAGGCCGAACAGGCGAAAGUUAAAAAGGCUCUCCAACAGAAGAAUGUGGACUGUGCUCGUGUGUAUGCAGAGAACGCCAUCCGUAAGAAGAAUGAAGGGGUGAACUGGCUAAGAAUGGCAUCACGUGUAGAUGCUGUGGCAUCUAAAGUCCAAACUGCCGUCACUAUGAAGGGGGUAGCGAAGAACAUGAGUCAGGUGACUAAAGCUCUGGAUAAAGCUCUGAACUCUAUGGAUCUGCAGAAGGUUUCAGCCGUCAUGGACAAGUUUGAGAUUCAAGUUCAAAAUCUGGAUGUUCAUACAUCAGUAAUGGAGGACUCGAUGAGUUCAGCCACCACUCUGACCACGCCCCAGCAGCAGGUGGAUGAUCUGAUCGUUCAGAUAGCGGAGCAGAACGGGUUGGAGGUGAUGGAUCAGCUGAACGAGCUUCCUGCAGGAGCUUCAGCAGUAGAAGAGAGUUCAGCUAGAAGCCAGGAUAAAGAGGAUCAGCUCUCCCGCAGACUGGCUGCUCUGAGGAACUGAUGAUGAGGAGCAGGAGGAGGAUGAAGCUGUUCUCAGAGUGAAGCAGAUGUGGAUGGAGGAGAUGGUUAGAUGAAGACUGGAUUUACUUGUGCUUUACUGACUCUGAGGACCUGAUUAUUGAUUAUCGAUUAGAUGUAUUUACACUCUGAGUGAUCAGACAUGCUGGGGGGGGGGGGGGUUACAUCAGACUGUCUGAUUCACUAUGUAAAAUUUUGUUAUGAUAAAUGCUGAUGUGUGUUACUGUAAAGGAUUAAAUAUUAUUAUCGAUUAUGAGAUAUGGGGGGCACAUUGGGGGUGGUGGCGGGUGUCUCUUUUUAUUGCAUUAUUAGACUUAUAUGCAGGUGAAUUGGCGAUUCUGAACCGUCUCCAGGUAUGAGUGAGUGUGUGAGUGUGUGAGUGAGUGAGUGAGUGAGUGUGUGAGUGAGUGAGUGUGUGUGAGUGUGUGAGUGAGUGUGUGAGUGUGUGAGUGAGUGUGUGAGUGAGUGAGUGUGAGAGUGAGUGAGUGUGUGAGUGAGAGUGAGUGUGUGAGUGAGUGUGUGAGUGUGUGAGUGAGUGUGUGAGUGAGUGAGUGUGUGAGUGUGUGAGUGUGUGAGUGUGUGAGUGAGUGAGUGAGUGAGUGAGUGAGUGUGUGAGUGAGUGUGUGAGUGAGUGUGUGAGUGAGUGAGUGUGUGUGUGAGUGAGUGUGUGAGUGUGUGAGUGAGUGUGUGAGUGAGUGAGUGAGUGAGUGAGUGAGUGUGUGAGUGAGUGUGUGAGUGUGUGAGUGUGUGAGUGAGUGUGUGAGUGAGUGAGUGUGUGAGUGUGUGAGUGUGUGAGUGAGUGUGAGAGUGAGUGAGUGAGUGUGUGAGUGAGUGUGUGAGUGUGUGAGUGUGUGAGUGAGUGAGUGUGUGUGUGAGUGAGUGUGUGAGUGUGUGAGUGUGUGAGUGUG